AUGGAUCUGACUCUUCAUCUCGCCCUGUUCCUUUGUUUCUGGGCUUGUUAUCUGUUUUUUGCAAAGCAACGGCAACAGCGCUCUCCAUUACCGCCUGGUCCGACCCCUCUUCCGAUUAUUGGAAAUAUCCUACAGUUCAAAAGAAAAGAAGCAGUGUGGGAAACUAUUUCUCAAUGGAGUGAUCAAUAUGGUCCCAUCAUGAGCUUCAAGGUCGCAUCCCGGACGAUUAUCGUCUUGAGUACCCAUCAAGCCGUUCGGGAUGUCCUUGAAAAGACACCCGUUAACAGCAGUCGACCUCGGUUUAUUGGAGUGAACGAGAAUCUCACACGGUCCAUGAUGCCUAUCUUUUUACCGAUCAGCGACAAAUGGAAGGCCAUCCAUCGCGUGCAAUUAAGCCUUGUGAAUCCACGAUCAGCCAAGGGGAUAGCAGACAUUCAGUUGCUGACAGCAAAACAACAUCUGUUCAAUAUGCUAGAAAAUGCCAACUAUGAUAUCGCCGAUCAUAUCAAUCGCUUCACAUCGAAUGUUGUUUCGACUGUGCUUUUUGGCACAAACAUCGGGUCGGUCUCCCAGGCCAAGAGCAACGGCAAGUUUGGUCUAGCUGACCAGUUUAUUGCUUCCAUAUGUGUGGAACAUGCACUGGUAGAUCUAUUUCCAGUACUCGAGCACAUACCAGGCGUGACCCGGCUGGGUGCUAGCAAAGGUAACGCCUGGUUUGAGUCCAUCAAACAACAAUAUACCGAUGAUAUACAACGCGCGAUCAAGUCUCCAACAUGGAGCAUGAUCAAAGCUGCUCACACGCAGAAAAUAGGUGAAAUGUCCGAGGAUGCCUUCCGCAUGUGGAAUGUGGAAAUGGAAUUUGCGUUGGGGAUGACAUCGUCGAUGAUGAUAGCGAAUUUGGUGGCGAUGGCUGUCUUGCAUUCCCAUGAAUUUCGCCUAGUUCAAUCGGAAAUCGAUCGAGUGGUGGGCACUGAGCGACUGCCAACAUCGGAUGAUCUCGCUCAUCUGCCUAGACUGCAUGCUUUCGUGAAAGAGGGCAUACGGGUAGCGUCAAUAGUGCCAUUCUCCGUUCCACAUGCAGCCGUGGAAGAAAAUGAAUACAUGGGCUAUCGCAUCCCAGUAGAUGCCAUCAUACUACCUAAUCAAUGGCAUAUAAAUCGUGAGACAAAAUACUUUGAGGAUCCCGCCUCAUUCAAACCCCAACGAUGGAUCGACAACCCUGAUCUUCCUAGUCCGGCUUUGUUCGGGUAUGGGAUAAGGAUCUGUCCUGGUAGGCAGACAGCGAACAAUGGCCUGCUGAUUAUAUUGGCUCUUAUGGCCUGGGGAUUCGAUUUCAACCAGGAAGGAGGGGCCCAGGACGGUCCGAAUGGUUUGGAAACUCUAAUCAUGAAGCUCCCGACAUCGAGUAUUCGAUAUUCCUGUCGGAGUUCGGCGCAUCAAGAUCUCAUCCAAAAAGAAUGGCUUGCCAGUGACGUCGACCCCGGCUCAAUUUUAAACAGUCUUGGAAGUAGUCUAGGCCUCUAG